AUGUCAGACUUCUUACCAGAGACGGUGUUGCCAACAGGUGCGUUGACGAAAGAGCUGCGAUCGCUGCUGAAGUUCUUGACCCAUCAAAAACGUGCCGUAGGGGUUUGCGACCGCGAGUUGAAUGAGCUGAUGCAACUGAGCGGGAAGCAGAUGGACGCCACGAUCCGCGAGCUCGAGAACUGGAACUUCCGUCUCCACCUCGACGAAGCCAAAGAAACGCAAGAUGGCGUUCGCCUCGGGAUGGUGGAAAGCAACUUGCAGUAG